AGGGGCGAAAGGAAGGUGAAAAGGAAAGAACGGAAAGAGGAGUGAACUUUCUCUACGAAGAGAGACUUCUCGGGAAAGGCAGUUUGUUAAGAGUACCUAGAUUUUUAAGACUGCUGUAAUAGUAAAGCUUUUUGAAUAGCUGGAAUGAAUGUUUAACAUCAGGAAUAAAUGUUUCGGGGAAUAGUUACUUUUUGGAUAACCAAGUUCUGGCAGAGUCUACUGGACUGUAGUCUCUGGAGAAUUAAAAUCCUGAUCUAGACUCAGAGUUUGCUAUGAUUGAAUUGGCAGCGGCCUAUUUCCCCCCAUUUUUUGUGGAGUGGAAAUAAUCGUAGGAGUGAAUUCUCUUUGCUGAGGUCGGAGGACAGCUCUGCUCUCAGUCUGCUGUCUCGGUACUUUUCUGGCUGGGGAAGGAUCUGACGUCUCCUUCCCCCGCUUCUUCCUCUCCCUCCCCUGCCAGAGAUCUCCUUUGUUUAUUCGUGGAUGGCUUGUAGGUGACUCUCCAGUGCUGUGCUGGUAUCUUGAAAGGUGGAAGUACAGUGUCUUGAUCCAUAAUUUUUGCCCCAGACUCCUUAUUUUAAAAAUAAAUAGUAUAUAUUUUAUUACCUUUUUUAAAAAAUGGAAUCUCUGCAAGUACAAACUGGAUUUUUUCUUUUUUUCAUUCCACUAUCGGUUUACUUGUGAACGAACAUACUUAUUUUGACCUAUACAUUUUUAUUAAGAUUAUAUGAUAUCCUUUAAUACCCUUUUAUUCUGCUUUUAUGUGAGCAUUUUCAGAACUCCCUCACUCCAGUAUAUGAAGUUCUGGGUGAUAGGUAUUAGUGCUUGAUUCAAGGUAACCUUUUCCCCCUCAAUUUGCUUGACCAAGAAUUUAAUAAGACUCCAUUUUCUGUUCUUUGUGUGUAUGUAUAUGUUAUAUACUACCACUUUGCUUUCGUUAUCUAUUACAUAUAUAUUGCUAUACAGUUGCAGUUAGUCUAAAAGUUUUAUCACUCCACAGAUAUUUUCAUUUCUGUCAAAAGUAAGCAAUGGUGUGCUAAAUUUCUAGUUAAGAGUUAGGAAUGUAGCUAAUAGAAGCCUAGGUAUUUUGAAUAAAAGACCCCUACUCCUCCUGUACCCCCUCUAAUGUGAAUCAAAAAGGGUCCCAGGAAACCUGUGACUGUUGGAAGAAAAUUCAUCUGAAUUUUUGAUAUUCAAGGAGUCAGUAUUUAUAUUCAUCUUUUAAACUGGGAAGAUUUAUAUUCCAUUUUAAAACUUGUUGAUAUUUACAAUGAAUGGACACAGUGAUGAAGAAAGUGUUAGAAACAGUAGUGGAGAAUCAAGCCAGUCGGAUGAUGAUUCUGGGUCAGCUUCAGGCUCUGGAUCUGGUUCGAGUUCUGGAAGCAGUAGUGAUGGAAGCAGUAGCCAGUCAGGUAGCAGUGACUCUGACUCUGGAUCUGAAUCCGGCAGCCAGUCGGAGUCUGAGUCAGAUACUUCCCGAGAGAACAAAGUUCAAGCAAAACCACCGAAAGUUGAUGGAGCUGAGUUUUGGAAAUCUAGCCCUAGUAUUCUGGCUGUUCAGAGAUCCGCAAUGCUCAAGAAGCAGCAGCAGCAGCAACAGCAACAACAACAAGCUUCGUCUAAUAGUGGAUCAGAAGAGGAAUCCUCUAGCAGUGAAGAUUCUGAUGACACAUCCAGUGAGGUCAAAAGGAAAAAACAUAAAGAUGAAGAUUGGCAGAUGUCUGGGUCAGGAUCUCCAUCUCAGUCUGGUUCAGAUUCAGAAUCUGAAGAAGAAGGAGAUAAAAGCAGUUGUGAUGAAACAGAAUCUGAUUAUGAGCCAAAAAACAAAGUUAAAAGCAGAAAACCACAAAAUAGAUCUAAGUCAAAAAAUGGAAAGAAGAUUCUUGGACAAAAAAAGAGACAGAUUGAUUCAUCUGAGGAUGAUGAUGAUGAUUAUGAUAAUGAUAAAAGAAGUUCUCGUCGCCAAGCAACUGUCAAUGUGAGCUAUAAGGAAGAUGAAGAAAUGAAAACAGAUUCUGAUGACCUACUUGAAGUCUGUGGAGAGGAUGUUCCUCAACCGGAGGAAGAGGAAUUCGAAACAAUAGAACGGUUUAUGGAUUGUCGGAUUGGGAGAAAAGGAGCUACUGGUGCUACUACAACCAUCUAUGCAGUUGAAGCAGAUGGUGACCCAAAUGCAGGAUUUGAAAAAAACAAGGAACCAGGAGAAAUCCAAUAUUUAAUUAAAUGGAAAGGAUGGUCCCAUAUUCACAAUACUUGGGAGACAGAAGAAACCCUUAAGCAGCAGAAUGUUAGAGGAAUGAAAAAAUUGGAUAAUUAUAAGAAAAAAGAUCAAGAAACAAAAAGAUGGUUGAAAAAUGCUUCUCCAGAAGAUGUGGAAUAUUAUAAUUGCCAGCAAGAACUUACAGAUGAUCUGCAUAAACAGUAUCAAAUAGUGGAGCGAAUAAUUGCUCAUUCCAAUCAAAAGUCAGCAGCUGGCUAUCCUGAUUAUUACUGCAAAUGGCAGGGCCUUCCAUACUCUGAGUGCAGCUGGGAGGAUGGUGCUCUCAUUUCCAAAAAGUUUCAAGCAUGUAUAGAUGAAUAUUUUAGCAGAAAUCAGUCAAAAACCACUCCUUUUAAAGAUUGCAAAGUAUUAAAACAAAGACCAAGAUUUGUAGCCCUAAAGAAACAGCCAUCCUAUAUUGGAGGACAUGAGGGUUUAGAAUUAAGAGAUUAUCAACUGAAUGGUUUAAAUUGGCUUGCUCACUCUUGGUGCAAAGGAAAUAGUUGCAUACUUGCUGAUGAAAUGGGCCUUGGAAAAACAAUACAGACGAUCUCAUUUCUGAACUAUUUGUUUCAUGAACAUCAAUUAUAUGGACCUUUUCUAUUAGUGGUACCACUCUCCACUCUCACUUCCUGGCAAAGGGAAAUUCAGACGUGGGCUUCUCAAAUGAAUGCUGUGGUUUAUUUAGGUGACAUUAACAGCAGAAACAUGAUAAGAACUCACGAAUGGAUGCAUCCCCAGACAAAACGGUUAAAAUUUAAUAUACUGUUAACAACUUAUGAAAUUUUAUUGAAGGAUAAGGCAUUCCUUGGAGGUCUAAAUUGGGCAUUUAUAGGUGUAGAUGAAGCACAUCGAUUAAAGAAUGAUGAUUCUCUUCUGUAUAAAACUUUAAUAGACUUUAAGUCCAAUCACCGUCUCCUUAUCACUGGAACUCCUCUACAAAACUCCCUCAAAGAGCUCUGGUCUUUGCUUCAUUUCAUUAUGCCAGAAAAGUUUUCUUCCUGGGAAGACUUUGAAGAAGAGCACGGCAAAGGCAGAGAAUAUGGUUAUGCAAGCCUCCACAAGGAACUGGAGCCGUUUCUGUUGCGCAGAGUUAAGAAAGAUGUGGAAAAAUCACUUCCUGCUAAGGUUGAGCAGAUUUUAAGAAUGGAAAUGAGUGCUUUACAGAAACAGUAUUACAAAUGGAUAUUAACUAGGAAUUACAAAGCCCUCAGCAAAGGUUCCAAGGGCAGUACCUCAGGCUUUUUGAAUAUUAUGAUGGAGCUAAAGAAAUGUUGUAAUCACUGCUACCUCAUUAAACCACCAGACAAUAAUGAAUUCUAUAAUAAACAGGAGGCCUUACAACACUUAAUCCGUAGUAGCGGAAAAUUGAUUCUUCUUGACAAGCUGUUAAUUCGCCUAAGAGAAAGAGGCAAUAGAGUUCUUAUUUUUUCUCAAAUGGUGCGGAUGUUAGAUAUACUUGCAGAAUAUUUGAAAUAUCGUCAAUUCCCUUUUCAAAGAUUAGAUGGAUCAAUAAAAGGGGAGUUGAGGAAACAAGCUCUAGAUCAUUUUAACGCUGAAGGAUCAGAGGAUUUCUGCUUUUUGCUUUCCACAAGAGCUGGAGGUCUAGGAAUUAAUUUAGCCUCUGCUGAUACUGUGGUUAUAUUUGAUUCUGAUUGGAAUCCACAAAAUGAUCUUCAGGCACAGGCUAGAGCUCAUCGAAUUGGGCAAAAGAAACAGGUGAAUAUUUAUCGUCUAGUUACGAAGGGAUCGGUGGAAGAGGAUAUUCUUGAAAGGGCCAAAAAGAAGAUGGUUUUAGAUCAUCUUGUGAUUCAAAGAAUGGACACAACUGGGAAGACAGUACUACAUACAGGUUCUGCUCCCUCAAGUUCUACACCUUUCAAUAAAGAAGAGUUGUCUGCCAUUUUAAAAUUUGGUGCUGAGGAACUUUUUAAGGAACCUGAAGGAGAAGAACAAGAGCCCCAGGAAAUGGAUAUAGAUGAAAUCUUGAAGAGGGCUGAAACUCAUGAAAAUGAACCAGGCCCUUUAACUGUAGGAGAUGAAUUGCUUUCCCAGUUCAAGGUUGCCAACUUUUCAAACAUGGAUGAAGAUGACAUUGAGUUGGAACCUGAACGAAAUUCAAAGAAUUGGGAAGAGAUCAUUCCAGAAGAUCAAAGGAGACGAUUAGAAGAAGAAGAAAGACAAAAGGAACUUGAAGAAAUUUAUAUGCUCCCAAGAAUGAGAAACUGUGCCAAGCAGAUUAGUUUCAAUGGAAGUGAGGGGAGGCGCAGUAGAAGUAGGAGAUACUCUGGAUCUGAUAGUGAUUCAAUCUCAGAAAGGAAAAGGCCAAAGAAACGUGGAAGACCACGGACUAUUCCUCGAGAGAAUAUUAAAGGAUUUAGUGAUGCAGAGAUUCGGCGGUUUAUCAAGAGUUACAAGAAAUUUGGUGGCCCUCUGGAAAGAUUAGAUGCAAUUGCUCGAGAUGCUGAAUUAGUUGAUAAGUCAGAGACAGACCUCAGACGCCUAGGAGAAUUGGUACAUAAUGGUUGCAUUAAAGCUUUAAAGGAUAAUUCUUCAGGAACAGAUCGGACAGGUGGUAGACUUGGAAAAGUAAAGGGUCCAACAUUCCGAAUAUCAGGAGUACAGGUGAAUGCCAAGCUAGUCAUCUCCCAUGAAGAAGAAUUAAUACCAUUGCACAAAUCCAUUCCUUCAGAUCCAGAAGAAAGAAAACAGUAUACUAUCCCUUGCCAUACAAAGGCUGCUCAUUUUGAUAUAGACUGGGGCAAAGAAGAUGAUUCCAAUUUAUUAAUUGGUAUAUACGAAUAUGGAUAUGGAAGCUGGGAAAUGAUUAAAAUGGAUCCUGACCUCAGCCUAACACACAAGAUUCUUCCAGAUGAUCCUGAUAAAAAACCACAAGCAAAACAGUUGCAGACACGUGCAGACUACCUCAUCAAAUUACUUAGUAGAGAUCUUGCAAAAAAAGAAGCUCAGAGACUUUCUGGUGCAGGAGGUUCAAAGAGAAGAAAGGUGAGAGCUAAGAAGAAUAAAUCAAUGAAGUCUAUAAAGGUGAAAGAGGAAAUAAAGAGUGAUUCUUCUCCCCUGCCCUCAGAGAAGUCCGAUGAAGACGAUAAGUUGAGCGAGCCCAAAUCUGAUAGCAAGGAAAGAUCCAAGAAAUCUUCAGUGUCUGAUCCUCUAGUUCAUAUCACUGCAAGUGGUGAACCAGUUCCCAUAUCUGAAGAAUCUGAAGAGUUGGAUCAGAAGACAUUCAGCAUUUGUAAAGAAAGAAUGAGGCCUGUCAAAGCAGCUUUGAAACAACUUGAUAGGCCUGAGAAAGGCCUUUCAGAAAGAGAACAACUGGAGCAUACUAGACAGUGUUUAAUAAAAAUUGGAGACCAUAUCACGGAAUGUCUGAAGGAGUAUACAAAUCCUGAACAAAUCAAGCAGUGGAGAAAAAACCUGUGGAUUUUCGUAUCUAAGUUUACUGAGUUUGAUGCAAGAAAAUUACAUAAGUUAUAUAAGCACGCUAUUAAAAAACGGCAGGAAUCUCAGCAAAAUAAUGACCAGAACAGCAACGUGAAUGUUCAAGUUAUUAGAAAUCCAGAUGUGGAAAGAUUAAAAGAAAAUACAAAUCACGAUGAUAGCAGCAGGGACAGUUAUUCUUCUGAUAGACACUUAUCUCAGUAUCACGAUCAUCAUAAAGACCGACAUCAGGGAGAUUCUUACAAAAAGAGUGACUCUAGGAAAAGGCCCUAUUCUUCUUUUAGUAAUGGGAAAGAUCAUCGUGAUUGGGAUCACUACAAGCAAGACAGCAGGUAUUACAGUGAUAGAGAGAAACACAGAAAACUGGAUGAUCACAGGAGUAGAGAUCACAGGUCAAAUUUGGAAGGGAGUUUAAAAGAUAGACCUCAUUCGGAUCAUCGUUCUCAUUCAGAUCAUCGGUUACAUUCAGAUCAUCGGUCAAGUUCUGAAUAUACGCAUCAUAAAUCUUCCAGGGAUUAUAGGUAUCACUCAGAUUGGCAAAUGGACCACAGAGCUUCCAGUAGUGGGCCCAGAUCACCACUAGAUCAGAGGUCUCCUUAUGGCUCCAGAUCUCCAUUUGAGCACUCAAUUGAACACAAAAGUACACCUGAGCAUACCUGGAGUAAUCGGAAAACAUAACAAAAACUGAUAUUUUGUCUUUCCGGACUUUUCUUUUAGCCAUAUAUCAUAAACCAACACAGUAAUUGCCUUACAUGACUUGAAAGCUAUAAACAGAUCUUCUAUCAGUAGCAGUAUUGUUACUUCUUUCCAGGAUGCAAGGUCUAUAUCCCAACAGAAGAGAAAAUAUUUUUAUAUUUAAGGAUUAUGCUGCACUGUACUACAAAUAUUGUAGUACUUUUUUUUUUUUCUUUUUUAAAGAAAUGGAAAAUGUUUACUCUUACAGGGACCUCAACACUGCCCUUCCAUAUAGGCUGGAUAAAACUGUUUCUAAGUCAGUGAUUUUAGACUGACCUCCAUUUAAAUUAUGUUUGUAUAUGAACUUUACUCUGACCUGUGAUCAUGUUUCAGGAAGGAAUGAAAGAGAGUUCUUUUCUUAAUAAAGAAAAAACACUCAAGGAUUUUGUUCACUUUCCAAAGCUACUUGUUUACAUUGUACACUGCGACCACCUUGCCGCUUUUCAUCACAAGCUUGAAUAUUUAAAUUCUGUACUUAUAUCUGUAAAAUAGCCAGGAACUUCCUGUUUGUGAUCUAUUAUUAUGCCUUUUUACAUACACACACAAAAAAAUUGACUGUAAAUUAUUGUAAAUAGAUUAAAUGAGCUUUCCUUACUUCCCUUUCUCAGGCUUUUUUUGACUGUUCCUUUCCCUACCAACUCAGGCCUUCUUAUUGUUUAAAAAAAAAAAAAAAUCAGUGUAGUAACACUUUUUAAUGAUUUGUCUUGAUGGAAUCAUUGUUUAGAAUGUAAAAAAUGGGGAAAGGGGCCACUUAAUUCCAUUAGUCCUCUUUUUAUAUUGACUAUUUUAUUAGAUACAUGUUCUUUCCUUUUACCUUUUAAUUUUAUUUUAUUUUUUGGUCAAUAUUGUGUUUGUAGUAGCAAAAUGGUGAGAUAAUAUGUAAAGUCUAAACUGCAUGCUCUGGAAACAUUAUUUUCAGAUGCAUUUGGUUUAAAAGGGUAGGUGUAUGAACACUUUCAGAAUCCAAAAUGGCCAAAAGUUAUUGUAAAUCCAUUUGUUUUCCCUUUUCAUGUGGGCAAUAAUGUCAAAUGUGCUAUGCAGCCAGGUAACAUUUUAGAUAAAUUUGAUUGACUUUUAAUAUAAACUGUUACAAUGCACACUGAUUGUAUAUAAAAACCUUAUAUAUGACAAAUUAAAUUUAAGAAAAAGGAUAUGUGGGCUCCUGUAAUUUUCUGCUGCAUUUUUAUUCCCUCAAGCACUUAACUUUUUUUCUUUUUUAAAGUAGUAACAUUUAGCUGCCAGGAAAAGGAUAUUUUGGUAAGCAGUUGAAUAUAGUUAAUGUGUAGCACUACAACUAAAUCUAUUUUGAAGACUAUGAAUCUAUGAAGUAAAAUUUAGAUCAUAGAAAUUUUUGUUGGAAUAUUUGGUUUUCUGCAGAUAUUAUUUUAGAAUACCUUAUAUUUAUUCACAGAUUUUUAUUUUGUUAUAUUCAAUGGGAAUUUUUGACUCAUGGAGCAUACAUUCUUGGGUGUGUGCUGUGAUGUAACAAAUUUGAACCUUAACUUUGACAAGUAUAUUGAUAUUUUCUAACAAUAUUCUUAAGUGUAUCCCUAUUAAUUUAGCUAUGGGAGCAAUCUAGAGAAAUUUGUUCAUAGAUGUAUUUUUUAAACAUUUUUUGUUUAUCCAAUUAGGUCUAAAAUUUACACUAAGAGUUACAAAACAAAGCUCGCUUUCCAGUUAUUUUUGUUGUUUUUAAGCAGUAAUUCCUCUUUUAGGUAGUUGCCAUGAAGAGUGCUGAUCUUUUUUUUCCUGGUAUAUCACAUAACAGGGAUAAUUCAAUUUUUAAAUAUCUUAUUUAUAAUUAAAUAUAAACAUGAAAAAACAAUUCAGUAGCGGUACACAUUUUUGAGCUUUUUCACUUUUUACCACUUUUACUAUAAGUGAUUCUUUUAUUCCACAAGAUAGCAGUGAAUAAAAUAAUGUAAUGCUUAGAAGUCACAAUAUUAACACAGAACAGAUCAGGGUUGGCAUUUUUAAUUCAUCUCUUUGUAGCUGGGAUAUUUGCAUUAUAUCCUAUUGUGCAAAUUUCGUGAAACAGUAUUACAUUUUUUGAGACAAUAGAAUGGACUCUAUAACAUUCUUAACAAUUCUACAUUUAGUUGAAUAUUUCAGUCAACUAAUUAGCUGAGUUGAGUGAAAAAUCUAAAACUGUAUGUAACAUUAAUCGAUGGAAAAUAUGUUCAUUAUUUGUAAGAAGUCAGUAAUUACAUAGAAGAGGAAUAAGCCAUAAAUUUAUUAAAACACAAUGGAGAACAUUAGUACAUAGAUAUAAUGGGACAUUCUCGAUAAAAUAUGCUUAAUUUUUGUCUUACAUGCUCAUUCUGCUUUGCAUUUUUAUCCAUUUGUGUUUAAUUUUUCAAGGAUGAGAGAUUAUGCAUAGUACUGUACCAAUUAACCUUCCACUUAAUAAUAUACAAUAAAUGAUUCUUACUAAAA